AUGCGGGCCGACGAGGUCCGAGGAGCAGUCUUCUUCCACCCUGACAAUUCCAGCGCACUGCCUCCUCCUGUCAGCGACCCCUCCUGGACCCUGCGUGACGGUGGGCAAUGGAAGUCUAUCAAUGGAUAUCCAGUCUACGCAAUCCCUGGGAUGCUCGGUUCCUUUCUCUUGAAUGAAUUGGCACAGUAUUCGGGUAACAUGUCAGAAGUACCAUUUGGGGAUGAGCUUGUCACCAUCUACAAUCCCCACGAUAGCGUCAGGCUAUACGCACGGAUGGACGUUCACACCCGGGCGGGCAUACCGUCGCUAUGGGUCUUCCUGAUAAUCGUCCUAGCCAUCCUCCUCGCAGUCGUCUUGAUGAGCUCGGUUAUCAUGCAUAUAAUUCAACGCCGGCAACGGCGCAUUCUCCAACGCCGAGUCGCCGAUGGUGAGGUCAAUCUUGAGUCGUUAGGCAUCAAGAGGAUGCAAGUACCACAAGAGAUAUUGGACAAGAUGCCUCGAUACACUUACACGGCCAAACUGGAGCCAGAAGGCGACAACGGAAACGCCGCGAAGCAUCCGGGCGAGUCCGAGGCGAGUGAUGCUGUCGGACCCACCUCUCAGAAGGUGGCAGAUCCCCAUACGAGAGACGUCGGAAGUGCCAUUGGUCCGACUGCCGCAACUCAUCAAGUCGCAUUCUCUCAGUCAACGUGUCCGAUCUGUCUGGACGACUUCGUUAGUGGAGAAACAACCGUUCGCGAACUCCCCUGUAAUCACAUCUUCCAUCCCGAAUGCAUCGAUCCUUUCCUACGCGAUAACAGCUCGCUCUGUCCGUUGUGCAAGAAAUCCUCACUUCCAGCGGGAUAUUGUCCAGUCCAAGUGACAAACAUCAUGGUGAGGAGAGAAAGAUUGAUGCGGAGGGUGCAGCAACGGGGUGGCACAAUUCAUGUAUCCACCCCAGCCUCUCGCAUCGUGACGAGAGGCCGUGGGCUGCGCGCCAUCUCAAUUCCUAGACCAGCACCACGCAUAGAUCUUCAGAUAUCACCCGACCAGGAAAGGAAUGCGGGUACGGAGAUGGAUUUGGUGCCAUCUGCGCGAAGACUGACCACGGUUGAGGAUGAAGUGCCUGCUGAUGUACGCGCCCAAGGCGUUUCUGCCAGGCGGGCAUGGUUGCGCGACCGAAUUGCCCGCAGACAAGCUCGGGACUACCAGCAGCGUGCUGAUGAAGGGCGCGUGGCGGAAGCGUCGAGACCUCUGUGUAAGUCCCCGUGCCUGCUUCGAUCACGAAUUGGUCGCUAA